AUGGUCAUCGUCAAGAUAUGUGGUGUUAGAAGGCCGCAGGAUGCUAAAAUAGCACUCGAAAACGGUGCCAACUUGAUUGGAAUCAUUUUAGUACCAGAUCGAAAACGCACUGUGGAUAUUCAGACGGCUAAAGCGAUAGCAAAAGUUGUUCAUGAGUUCAACAGGGCUCCCAUUAAUAUUCCUGAGCCUGAGGAGGAGACUUUGUGGGAACAAAGAGCCAGGCUGCUUGAGAUAGCUUCACAUUCCAAUCCUAUGCUUGUUGGGGUCGUACAGAAUCAAUCUUUAGAUGAUGUUCUCAGUUUACAACGUGAGAUAGGACUGGACAUUGUCCAGUUUCACGGAGACGAACCACUCAGUUGGUGUAGGGAAGUCCCAGCUCGUACAUUCAAACGGUUCACACCAAAUACUGAAAAUUUUUGUGAUGCACUUGAACCAGACGCUCAUUUUUUGCCCCUCAUUGACGGUGAAGUCGGUGGAAAUGGCGAACCUGUCGAUUGGGCGUCUUUGCAGCAGUUGGCCCAAGAAGGCGGAAAAUUCUUACUUGCCGGUGGAUUGAACUCAGAGAAUGUUGAAUCUGCUUGCCGAGUCUCUGGUGUGGUUGGUGUUGAUGUUAGUGGGGGCGUCGAAAGCUAUCCAUAUAAGGAUGAAAAGAAGAUUCGGUCAUUUAUCAAGGCCGCUAAAUCGUUGCAUCAAAAGGAAUAUCAAGAGUAG